AUGAGAGCGACGAACGUUACUCUAACGAGAUAUAAUGGAUUUUUGCUAGGGUUUUUGUUGCUGUCAAUUUCGUAUUUGCAGGAAGGGAGGGAUUUGAUGGGCGGGUUUCUUUUUGCGGUCUUGCUUUGUUUCAAGCAUUUGUUUGCUGUUGCUGCUCCAGUUUAUUUUGUGUAUUUGUUGAGGCAUUAUUGUUGGGGUGGACUGGUUAAGGGUUUCUGGCGGCUUUCGAUUAUGGGUGCAGUGGUUUUAUCAGUUUUUGCUGCAUCAUAUGGGCCAUUUAUCUACCAUGGCCAGAUGCAACAAGUCAUUCGCCGCUUGUUUCCUUUUGGCAGGGGAUUGUGCCAUGCAUAUUGGGCGCCAAACUUUUGGGUUUUCUAUAUUGUACUUGACAAAGGGCUGGCCUUCUUGUUUAGAAAACUCGGCUUCAAUAUUCAGACUCCAACUGCUUCAUUCAGUGGCGGACUAGUUGGGGAUUCUUCACCUUUUGCUGUACUCCCGAAGAUCACUCCCCCCACAAACUUCAUGAUUGUCCUACUGGCUUUAUCUCCUUGUCUUGUUAAAGCCUGGAGGAAUCCCCGACCGGGACUGGUUGCUAGAUGGGUGGCUUAUGCUUACACAUGUGGUUUUCUAUUUGGAUGGCAUGUUCAUGAGAAAGCAUCCCUCCAUUUUGUCAUCCCUCUAGCUAUUGUUGCAGUACAAACUUUGGAGGAUGCAAAACAUUACUUCUUACUUUCUAUCGUGUCUUGUUACUCGCUAUUCCCACUUCUAUAUGAAGCCCAAGAAUAUCCAGUUAAAGUGCUAUUGUUGCUCUUACAUCCCAUUGUAACAUGGCUUGGAUUUUCUGCACAAUACAGUAGGGACGCAGCUAGUAAAGUGAAUACCAAGAAAAAAAGUGCUGAAUGGGAAUCGAAUGAGGAAAAUGUGGGAGUCAAGUAUGAAAGACUCCGGUUUGAUAUUGGAUGGAUUAGAAAGAGCUACGUAUUUGGUCUUUUAGUUAUCGAGAUAUAUGCUCAGUUUUUACAUCCUCAUAUAUUUGGUGGUAAGCUUCCUUUCCUGCCCCUUAUGUUGAUAUCGACGUAUUGUGCGUUAGGCAUGGGGUACUCUUGGAUAUGGCAACUAAGAUGGAUCAUGGAAUCGACAUAAUUAUGUUCUUUCUACUCUCCCUCACUAAAACCUUUUCUGGCGAUAGCUAAUUUAUCGGAACAUGUUGGGAGCCGGGCACGAAACUUUAACUCAUAGGCAGUGGUGAGAAGACCUCAGGCGACGGUGAGAAAACCUCCCCGGCUCAGCCAAGCAAAAAACCAUGUUGGUCUUAACUUUGCAGCAUUUAUUAUGAUUUACAAUUGUUACAAAUAAUUUUAGUAUAAAGUAUAAUAUAAUGUGUCAAUAACAUUUAAUUUAUAUGACAUAACAUUUUUAUAUA